AUGCCAAUCGACGCCGCAACUUCGGCCCUAAACCUUUCAUUUCCUCCCACAACCUCGGCUACUGGGUUUGUGGUUCCUCAAAGCCGUUCUUUUACAGUAUCAGUUAAUCCAGUAGUGUUGUUUUCUAUACUCGAUCAUUACCUUCGAAGGCAAGAAAAUCAACAUCGAGUUAUUGGAACGUUGCUUGGCGUAAGGAGUGAAGAUGGUAGUGAGGUUGAAGUUCGAAAUUGUUUCCCUGUUCCCCAUGACGAGUCUCAAAAUCAGGUUGCCGUGGAUAUGGUAUAUCACCAAAGUAUGUUCGAACUUCACAAAAAGGUCAAUGCCAAAGAAGUGAUUGUUGGAUGGUAUGCAACCGGAUCCAAUCUCAAUCAAUGGAAUGCUCUUAUUCAAGAUUUCUAUUCUAAGGAAGUUUCGUCUCCAUUUCAAGCUAUUCAUUUAACAAUGGAUACGGAUCUUAAGAAUGAAGAGAAACUCUUGGGCGUUAAAACCUAUGUUAGUGCGCCAAUUGGAAUUUCGGCCAAACCAGAGAAUUGCCUAUUCUUACCUGUUCCAUGUGAUGUCAAAUAUUUUGAUGCCGAGCGCAGUGGACUUGAUCUACUCGCUUCUGCGAAGGAUCAGUCGGAUCGCUCAACUUCUCUCAUUUCUGAUAUGGAUAACCUUGAAAAAACGAUCUUGGUUGUUCAAGAGAUGUUGGAGAGAGUUUCAGAAUAUGUAAAUAAAGUCUUAGACGGAAGUGUACCUGCAAAUAAUAAAAUUGGGAGAUUUUUAAUGGAUACAAUUUCAGUUGUACCAAAGAUAGAUAAGGCUGAAUUUGAAAAAAUGUUUAAUAGUCAUCUACAGGAUUUACUAAUGGUUGUCUAUCUUGCCAACAUGACACGUACCCAACUCGCCAUCGCAGAAAAAUUGCAACUUCUU